AUGACACAAGAGUUAAGAGACGGUAUGGUCGAUCUAUCCGAUGAUACCACCAUUUUAUUCGAUCAUAGGAGCCAAGGUCCACUCCCUAGUUUCAGAAGCACUCCAAUUCAUUACGAGCUCAAUCCGAAUCCUGCUUUGCGAAUGGCAUUGAAUGGUCAAGCGCCUGGAGCAACGGUUCGCGAGCUGGCUAUGGUAGUUGUGAUGAGCAAAUUGAAGUAA